UUAGGGCUCUUCAGGGAAUUCUAGGGUUUAUGGGCGCUAUGACGAAGGAGGAGGGCAGAGGCGAGGCGAUCGGCUACCCGGUCGUGCACCAUCACUACUACGCGCCGCUGGAUGGUCGCCCUCCGGUUCUCGAGUCCAGUAAGACGAAGAGCUGCGCUUUCCAGUGCUUCACAGUCUUGUAUCCGAUAAUUCUCGUGUUGGGCUUCACGGCGUUUAUGCUGUGGCCGAGCGAUGUGAAGAUCGAGGUGCAGAAGACGGAGCUUGUGAGCAUGUCUUGGGACAGCCUCAAGAGGGCGAUCGUUGAGCAGCAGCAGCGGUCCAACGAUUUGGGGCUGGAUUUGGAUUUGAAGUUUCAAGUCCAAUUGCUUGUGAGGAAUCCCAAUUACUUUGGUGUGCGCUACGACAGGAUUGUGGUGGAGCUCGGGUACCGGGGCGAUAAGCUCGGCCGGGUGGUCUUGGAAGGCGGCGAGAUCCCAGCGCUGAAAGUUGUCACCGUGGACGGGGUGAUGGAUCUCAAAGGCAUGCGAGUGUUUGUGAAUGCUGGGAGUUUACUCUUGGAUAUCGCCAGGGGGAGAUUGCCUCUAGAGACGGACAUGAACUUUUCCGGGAAUUUGGAGUUUUUGCUCGUCCACCCUCACUUAGAGGCGAAACUUAGUUGCGAUAUCGUUGUCAACCCGGGAACCAACGAGAUCAUGGAAAAAUCCUGUCUACUUGCUGAAUGAUCGAACCACGAAUACGCACCGUCGACUUGCUAUGUACAAAGCGCGCAGAUAAUUAAGCUUUUAUUUCUCGUUUUCUAAGCGAAGGCGUUCGCCUCUUCGCCUCUUCGCCCGCUUAGCUCAUCCGUGUCAUCGCAUGCGAUUAAAUAGCUCCCUGGAAGAUCGAAUUCCAGCUCCUUGUGGUCCAGUUGCUUAGUAAUAAAUCCCCGGAUUCUAUAUUGCUCA